AUGGCGGACAAAGUGAUGGCCAAUAAGGGAGUGGUGUACGCGUCGGAAGAGGAGGAGCAGGAUUUGGUGGAUCCACAGGUGACACUUCGGGAGGAAUGCGGUUCAGGACAUCACUGCCAGGGCUUCGACCAGAAGCUGAAGGAAUGCAACGAUCGGGUCUCGGGUCGCACGAAGACCGCCGAGACCUGUAUGGAGGAAGUGAUCGAUUUCAUGCAUUGUGUCGACCAUUGCGUGUCUCAGACACUGUUCAACAAACUUAAAUAA